CUAUAGUAUGUGACUUCAAACUCUUUCUGUAUGAGAUAGAUGAAGAAAAAACAUGGAAACCCAGUGUCGUAGUGAGUCAAGUAGUUGACAUGAGGGAUGGAGCAUUUUCUGUCGGUUCCAUCUGGCCUUCUGAUUUUAUUCCUGUCAGGAGAAAGGAACUGUCCCGUAUCUUUAAAAUCACAAAAGAAUCGCUCUGGGAAAUGAAGAAGGGUUAUUUGUUGUUCAUGUUACCAUAGAUGUUGUUUGAAGGACACAUGAAUAGAAUCUGGAGCCUAAAUUUAGUGCUUUAUUAUAGCAAUUUUAUCUGGAAUUAUUAAGAAAUUAUUCAAGUUGGUGACAUGAAGAAGAUCCAUCAGAUUGAGCUUAUCCCACGUGGCCAGAUGGCUGCAGUGAUCUCAGGAAGAAAUCACCACGUGCACCUGUUUCCCAUGUUGGCUUUGGACGGGCGAAAGACCGACAUUCACAAGCUGGCAGAAACCAAAGGAUGCCAGACCAUGGCUUCUGGCACAGUGUGUCACGGGGCCUACACAUGCCUCUGUGUUGCCAGGAAAAGCCAAGUCCUCUGUUAUGAGCUGUUUCCAAGCAAGCAGAUUUCCCACCGAAAAUUUAAAGAGAUCCAUGUGCCCACCCAUGUCCAGUGGAUGGCUAUCUUCAGCGAACAGCUUUGUGUGGGAUUCCAGUCCGGAUUCCUGAGAUACCCAUUGAGGAGAGAAGGAAUCCCAUACAGGAUGCUCCAUUCACACGAUCCCACAUUAUCGUUUAUUGCACAUGAACCAGUGGAUGCUCUCUGUGCAGUUGAGAUCUCCAGUAUUGAAUAUCUGUUGUGUUUUAAGAGCCUUGGGGUAUACACUGACAGCAGGGGCCUCAGGUCUAGGCCAAUGGAACUGAUGUGGCCAGCAACUCCAAACUAUUGCUGUUACAAUGCCCCGUACCUCUCAGUAUAUAGUGAAAAUGCAGUAGACGUCUUUGAUGUGAACUCCAUGGAGUGGAUUCAGACUGUCCCCCUCAAGAAGGUUCGACCCCUGAAUCAUGAAGGAUCCCUAAAUAUUUUACAGUUGGAGACAAUUAGAUUAAUAUAUUUCAAAAAUAGGAUGACAAAUCGGGAUGAGCUGGUACUUCCUGAGAAGUCAGAUAAUCAGAAACAAUUGGUCCAACACCUCAACAAUAGGCACCGUUACUCCUUCAGAGUUCCAAAAGGCAAAGGAAUGCCACGGAAGCGGCUGGAACCAAAUCUCUAAUCAGCAUCCCUUCGUGAGUAGGGCUGGGAGGACCACUUGCAGACUGCGUGGCAUUUAAUCUGAAGAAAAAGACAUCGCUGAAAGGCAGAAACCUCUGUUCAUAGUAGUGAUCUGUUUAUUUGUCAGGAAAACUUUAAAGAAAACCUUUAUGGUAUAGUAUGAAAUGAAUAUAAGUGUAAAAUGUUGAUUCAUUUCUUCGUAAAUGUGAAAUGAUUGAAAUUUUGUAUAUAAGCCUCUGCAUAAUGCAAAUAUGGAACAAACAUGUAUAUGUGCACUAUAAAGUACAUUCCAUAAUCAUUUUAUGAAGGAAUCAAUAGCACUAUUUAUGCCUAUAGAUUAAUUACUUUCUAACUCUGGAUCCGCUUUCUUCUGACUCUAAGACAAUCUUUGUUAAUGAUCAAUUAAUUUGUGGUAAUUUUUAUAACUGAAUAGGGAGAAACAUAGUUAUAAUAGUUUCAAAUAGGGAUAUUUCUAGAGUAGUAAAGAUUCUUUUAAAAGAGCCAGAAUUACCUGGAAAAUAUAUAAUAGGAUGGAGGUUCUUUGAUGUCUGUGGCUUGUGAAGGUUACUUCAUUUCCACCAAAACUUUAAGAUAGUUAAUUUAAAAAAAAAAUAGCUGUGAGGAACUGACUAUUCCUCUCCAUUCACCAAGUUGAUAAUUGGACAUAGUCUAUAAGCUUCCCUUGGAAAAAAACACCAAUACAAUUUUGUCUUUGUCUUUCAAAGUUGAUUGCAGUAGUGUGCUAUUUGCUUAGUAAUAUCUAACUUAAUAAUUUCCAAUAAAGUAAUAAUUUCCAAAGGACAGCUAAAGUUCUUCUAAUUUUAAACAUGAAAAUUCACAAAGUAUUCAUCUAAGUUUAUUGUCCUUUUUACAUUCCCUUUUCCAUCUUUAAAGAAGAGACACACACUAGCCACUUCCAGAGUUGGCAGCUGCCUUCAAGGAGACUUGUGCUUUUCUUAUACCCAAGAACUUAAAAAUGUCAUUGUUUCCAGGCAUGUAUUUUAUGUAGAGGUAUUUCUAUGUAUGUAAUAACUAGAAGUUGUUCUUUACUUUUUUUCCUAUGAAAAAUUCCUGGUUUUAUCUCAGUAAUAAAAUAUUAAUAACUCAAGUGUGUUUAAUAUCUUCUCUGUCGGAAGAUAUUUUGUUUUGAGAGAUUUCUGUGAA